AAAAAGAAGAUAACGAGCGUGGAGCGGGCCUCGAAAAGAAAAGCCCAAUAACAAACAGUGGCCGCUCCCCUCCCACGGACCGCCGCCCCGCCCCGUGCGCCGGAUCUCCUGUCGCGGAGCCCGUCCACCGCCUUCUGUCGCCGCCGCUGGGAUCUCCUGCUGCGCCGCCGCUGACGACAGGGUGAACCCCCUCCCCCCGCCCCGCCGAUAAGAGGCGAUGGAUGACUUCUCUUUCAAGGAUGCCAACAACCUGAGAUCCCUUCUUCUGCGGGAGGAAAGCCUCGUCGAGAAGAAGCGGCGAUGGCUGGCCUCAUUGGGUUCCGAAUUAGAUGUCUUCCACAGACCUAAGAAACCAAAGUUUCUCCAAGAUGUCUACCUGGCUGAAUCGGAUGUCAGGGCUGAUGAAGUGUCUACUGAGGGAGUAAGAUUACAUGUCGAGAAAAGUUUUGGUCUGCUGUACAAUGGCUAUAAUCACCACGUAGUUCAGGACGGUCUUGAGCUUUUUAAGUUGAAAACACAGAAAGAUGGAUCUCUCUGUCCAGAAAGCUUGGAGAUCUUGCACUGUACAAUUGAAAAAUUAAGCAAUGGAGCGCUUGAUUCUGUGGCUAAGCUUGUGACCCAUGGUGGCACUAGUUGCAGGAAAGCCAGGCCUACCUUGCAAAAGAUUGUAAAGGACCACCUACCGAAAUAUUUGGCCAAGUUGGAUAGUGAAAAUAGCAAGAUUUCAUUGUCUGAAAUUUUAACAAAUCCAUGCAGCUACCGAUCCAGUUCUAUCAACAUUGCAACACCUGUUUCACCAAUGCUUUUGUCAUCCAUGAAACAAGCUUUAAGUAAGCUGGAUGGAAAUUCCGAGCAAGCUGUUGUUGCAAUGAAUAGAAAGCUCAGGGAGAAAGAAUGUUUCCCAAAGUUCUUGAUUGUUGAUAAUGUAAGUACCGAUAGAGGUUGUCGAGCUCGCCGCAGAAGUGUUAUCGUUGACAGGGUGUGGAAUAGGUGUCGAAGCAUGAUAUCACAGCUGUAUGAAGGCAAGAAUCUGCCAAAUAGAGUCGCAAAAGCACUGGCAGUGAUGAACCUAGAUCGGAAACUAACACUAAGGAGUAUGGAUAUUUCACAGACAGAGUUCUUUCCCUUCCCACGUCGAACUGUGUUGUUGCAGAACAAUAUCCUGAAUGCUCUGUGGUCACUUCCAGAACUCCAUCGUGAUAAUCUGAAGUUGCUACGUCCCAUCCUGAAUCAAAGUUCUAAGGUCCAGUUGGUAUCAUUCAGAGCAGCUCUGAGGAGGUACUUGACAGAAUGCUUGUUUGAAUGUGAUGAUGGUAAUUUACCGGUUGAGGCGCAACGAGCCAUUUCUUUCAUAGACCGGAUGUCUCCUAAACAUCAGCAGGUUAUUCUCACAGAAGAGAGAAAGGAAGUGGAAGUAGAGGCUGUCUUGGAUUUAAGCAGUUGCCUCAGAUCUUUGGCACGUGGUGCCACAGAAGAAUGUCUGAGUGAUGAUGAAGUUAGAUUAGAGGUUGGCGGUUGUAGCAAAGAUAAUGAUUUUGUACUCACCGAUAGCAACUACUUCAAUAUCCGUUCUCAACAGCUGAUGGAUGAGGUAUAUUCAAAUUUUAUGAUCAACACUGCUGGUGCUGGACAUUAUGAUGGCAGUGAAGCUGCCUGUAGUACGAAGGAUCCUAAAUCGAUAAAGGAUGAUCCAAAGAUGGCUGGAUGCGCUGACGAUCAUCUAUCUGCGGCAUGUGAUGACACUGCAAUUGUGGCAGACAAACUUAUUGGGAAAAUUUUGAAUAACAUGCUGGUUGAAGAUAAGGGGGUUGAUGAACUUACUAGAAAUUAUCUUGCACGAGGUUCUAUUUCUCAAAAUCCUCAAGUUGUUGAAGCGAAGAACCAAAAAGACAUUGUGUUGUAUGCUAUCCAGAGUGUCUUACCUAAUCUGCCGGAAAGCUCCUUGGACAAGGUUAGGAGGAUAAUUGAUGGUGCUGACAAGUGAGGAGAUCUGCUAGGUGCUGGCACAGUGUAUCGGCUUCAUGACUUACAAACGAGAGAAGUCGAAGCCUGCUAUAGCGGGGAACUAAAGCUGGUGGAACAAGUCACAAGUUUGAAGCAGCUAGAGGAUGGAACAAUUGAGAUAGAGAAUUGGCGUAUAAGAGUUGCAAAAGAGUGGCUGGACUGGUUUCGUGUUGCUUUCUUUCUGCUCCUAGUCUGCUCGGUGCUCGCUGCUGGGAGUUGAAACAGGCUGGGAAGUUGUUCAGCAGGGUAUAUUACUCUUGAACACUCCGACUUUAGUGUUCUGUCGGAGUUCGGCAACGGGUGCAGCAGUCGAGUCUUUCCGUUUUCUUUUUUUUUCGAAAACGGAAGCUUUUAUUUAUCUCAAUGCUAUCAGAGUAUCACACCCCCGAAAAUGGAGUCUUUCCGUUUGCUGCAGUUAGUUGUUUUUCUUUUGCUUCUGUGCUGUUCAUCAGCGUUUGUUUUUUUUUUGAAAGAGGGUUCAUCAGCGUUUGGAACUGCGGGAUGUUGGUUUCUAUUGAGUAAUAGGAAUCGAAGGAAGAAGCCUCUCUUUCUCCUCCGCCGCCGCUAACAACAACAUCAGUUCGUCGCCGGUGGAGGUUUUGCGUUCGUUGAGGGCUAGAAUAUACAAGUUGUUGACGUUGUUUAGAGCCGAAUGUAAUAUAUGUAUGUGUAUAUACUUGUCACUGGACUGGGAGUGCAGCACAAUUAAUUUUUAUGCGUAUAUACGGUCGUGGUCUGGUGGAA